AAAACCUCUGUCCUUCCUGGGGAACCCAGUCUUGUGUCGUUGUCUGCGGUGACAAACGGGAGUUGAGAAAGAUGGAUAAUUGUGGAUGAGCCUGCCGAUGUGACCAUUAUUAACUCAGCACCUGCUAUUGCCAUGCACGCCAACCUUGGCAGACAUGGAAGCCAUGUUCUCACAGGAGAGACAAACAGUAAACACAAGCAGAGAAGAAACAUCAGCGGGUGCCUACCCCUGAGCCGUUCUCACUUCCAUUUCACAGAAGAUGCAGCUGAUGUCCUGGGAGAGAGGCUGUUUGCCUAAGUCCUCCGAGAAGGCGAUGGAGGUGCCGGCGUUCCAAGCAAGCCCAUGGAUGCCAAGAUAUGGACGCAGAGAGGGAAGCCCUGCAGAGCACUGCCUACCCCGAAGUACAGACCUUCUGCCAGAAGCACGGCCUGAUGUUCGAGGUGGUUGAUCUGAGGUGGGGUAUUCGGAACACCGAGGCCACUGACCACUUGACCACGGAACUCUGCUUGGAGGAGCUUGACCGGUGUCGGAAAACAUCCAUAGGGCCAGCUUUUGUUGCCCUUGUAGGUGACCAGUACGGCCCCUGUCCCGUUCCCACGCUGAUCGAGGAAAAGGAGUGGGAGGCGCUGAAGGCUCAGCUGACCACCAGGCCACGUGACCUGGAGCUGGUGGCACGACGCUUCCGGAGGGACGAGAACGCAGUGCCCCCCACCUACCUGCUGCAGGCCCUGCACAUCAGGGAGGCCCGAGGGCCCGAGGAGGCCACCCUGACCUCUGCACUGCGGUCCGGAGCCCAGGAGGCCCGCAGGCUGGGCCUCAUCACCCAGGAGCAGUGGCACCGCUACCACCGGUCAGGUGAGGCUGCCGGGACUUCCCUUGGGGUCCCUGGGAAAUGCCCACGUGUUCAAAAUACACAUCACGUUUUAUCCAGACGCCACAGUCUGCACUUCUAUAAAUGCCAAACCAACCUAGCUCUGGAGACCCAGUUCUGA